AUGGCUGUUGGCACGUCGAGUUGUGCCCAGGAUCUACAAAAGAACUUUCCAACAGGAAUAGUAAAGGAUCACCUGCAGAAGAUGUACGUCUGCUGGAAUGAUCUUUUGGAAGAACCUCAGCUCUCAGCCUGGUUUAAUCCAAAAAAACGUCCUGAUGUUAUAGCAACAACUGGUUGGCUCGCUCCGGUCAUAUGGGAAGGAACUUACGAUAGACAAGUUCUAGACAAAUAUUAUAAACGACUGAACAUUACCAUAGGCUUGGCUGUCCUUGCUACUGGAAACCUUACAAGACAGUACCUGAGACACUUCCUAAAAUCUGCUGAUAAGUACUUCAUGGUUGGCUACAACGUUAUUUUUUACAUCUCGACUGAUAAUAUCUAUGAUAUACCGUACGUAGAGCUGGGUCCUCUUCGGUCAUUUAAAACAUUGAGGCUGCCUGAUGAAGAUUACAACCAAGACCAUACUCUCCGAAGCAUGAAGAACAUGAGAGAUAAAAUCAUACAGGACAUCCAAUAUGAGGUCAACUUUCUCUUCACUAUGGCUGUGAACCAAAUCUUCAAAAAAGAUUUUGGAGUUGAAACUCUGGGCAAAUCUGUAGCUCAACUCCAUUCAUGGUGGUAUUUAAAAAACCCCGGAGAGUUCCCGUAUGAGAGAAGAGUUAAGUCAGCAGCUUUUAUCCCCUUUGGGAAGGGAGACUUCUAUUACCACAGUGCCAUUAUUGGGGGCACACCCAAGAAUGUUCUAGCUUUCAUCAAAGAGUAUCUAAAGGGAAUUACAGAUGACAGCACAAAGAAACUUGACAGCACAUACGAAAGCCACCUAAAUAAAUAUUUUUUAAUCAAUAAACCCACUAGGGUGUUAUCACCAGAGUACAACUGGAAUCCGAAACUUAAAACUCCUCCUCAAAUCAAGCGCAUUAAGAUAGCAUGGCGACCAUGA